AGACACGCCCUUGCAGUAAGUGAAAGUGAAACUUAAGGAACAGCAGAGGCCCACAGGAGGAAAGAGACACGGAGCUCGUCGACUGGUUGGAACAUUUGACUCUUCGCUGAUUUCACUUCUAAAAACAUGAACAUGUCAAACAGCAAGAGAAUUGCCGUCCUGGGAAAAACUGGAGUUGGGAAAAGCAGCCUGGCUAACACCAUAUUUGGAGGACAAGGGUUCAAGAUCGGACACACUGUGAACUCUGAAACAAGAAGAUGUCAAGCAGUAACUAAAUCUGUCAAUGGAGGAAACAUCACUUUGAUUGACACUCCUGGUUUCUUCGACACAGAUCGAUCUGAGGAGGAGCUGAAGUCUGAAAUAGUGAGGUGCAUCACAGAGUUCGCUCCUGGGCCUCAUGCCUUUCUCAUUGUGCUCAAAGUGGAGAGAUUCACCGAACAGGAGCAGGCUGUCGUCACUAAAAUACAUCAAUACUUUUCUGAAGAAGUUUUACAGUUUGUGACAGUUCUCUUUACUCAUGGUGACCAGCUCCCUGAAGGAGAGACCAUUGAGGACUUUGUCCGUCAUAAUAAGCAUAUGAGGGAUCUGGUGAGAAAGUGUGGAGGCCGCUGCCACGUCAUUGAUAAUAAAUACUGGAAGAACAACCAGCAGGAUGAAUACAGGAACAACCAGUUCCAGGUGAAGGAGCUCCUCAAGACAAUAGAUAAGAUGGUUGAGGAAAACGAAGGAAGAUGCUACACCAAUGAGAUGCUACAAGCAGUGGAGGAAAGAAUAAGGCAGGAGAUGCAACUCAUUAAACAGACAGCAGGAAACAAGUCAGAGGGAGAGAUCAGAGAGGAGGCUAAAGAGAACGUAUUUACGUGGCUUUGGAGCAAAGUGUCUGGUUUCUUAUCAAGUGCAUUGUGGGGAGCCUUUUUGGGUCUAUCAGAGAUGGUGAAAGAUGUUAUCACAGCUUUAACAGGAGGAGGUGGAAUGGCAAAAAUCACAGUGGGAAGGGCAGUUGGUGCUGCUCUAGGAGGAGCGCUGCAAGGAGCUAUUAAAGGACACAAUGCAUCUGAGGGAGCAAACUCACCAGGCGAAGCAGCAACGAAGGCAGCAAACGCUUUCAUGAAGUAAUACAA